CUGUUUAUUUGGUUAUGAUUUGCAUAUCACAAGCAAUUGAUAAGUAUGAGUAGAGUUUAAUCUGGAAAAGGGAUGGAGACUGUGUGGGAUGAGAUUGAGCAUGUAACUCUAAAAGGAGUAUUUGGCUUUUAGACUCAAUUUUCAAGACCCCUGAGCAUUACUAUUUCUUAUACUAAAACUACCCCUCGCCUUACCCCAUAAAAUUUUUAGUUUUCCUAACCCAUUUUCAAAAACUUUGCAAAGAAUUUACCUAUAACUUCAGAAGAAUGCCAACUAUGAGAUGGGCUGAAGGAAGAAGGAAUAGGAGAACCCCAGCCCCCACCUGGAGAGAUUCUGCAACAACCCAGGAACAAAAGGAAGAGAGUCCAGAUGAAGAGGAUCCCCAAAGUUGAAGAUGAAGAGUGUGCAAAGGAUGAUAAUAAGACCAUGAAGAAAAACAUGAAGGUUUUUUUUAAAACCUUCCUAAAAGUGAUUCACAUCUUAACAUUUCUCUUCUUUUUUAUCUGCUCCUUGGACAUUCUUAGCAGUGCCUUCCAGCUGGUUGCAGGAAAAUUGGCUGCAGACAUUUUCUUUGAUGGUUCAAUACUUUUGAAUCCCAUAGCCGCCUCAAUGGUUGGUUUGCUAGUUACUGUUUUGGUUCAGAGUUCCAGCAUAUGCACAUCCAUCAUCGUCAGCCUGGUGUCAUCUUCAGUGUUGACAGUAUAUUCAGCAAUUCCCAUGGUCAUGGGAGCCAAUGUUGGGAGUGCAAUCACCAAUACAUUGGUGGCCCUCAUGUAUGCUGGAGACAGGGAAGUAUUUGGAAGGGUAUUUACAGGAGCUACUAUCCAUGAUUUAUUUAAUUGGAUGACAUUAAUAGUUCUGCUGCCUCUCGAGUUGAUCACGGACUUCCUCUUCCAAAUCACUGAAAGUAUAACAACAUCUUUUAAAAUCCAGGCUGAUGAUGAUGCCCCUGAACUCUUGAAAAUUCUCACAGGUCUCAUAACAGACUUUAUCAUCCAGCUGGAUAAAAAAGUCAUCACUGAAAUUGCUGCAGGAAGUGAGGCUGCAAAAAACAAAAGCCUGAUAAAGAUUUGGUGUAAAACUUUCUCAAAUGUGACUUUAAGCAAUAUUACCGUUCCCUCACCAGAAAACUGUACCUCUUCCAUUCGCUGCUGGACUGAAGGGAACAUGACUUGGACCCUUAGGAAAAUAAUAUUUAAACAGAACAUUACAAAAUGUACACACAUAUUUGUGAACACCAGCCUCUCAGAUACGGUCGUCGGAUUCAUUCUUCUACCCGUCUCCUUGCUCAUCUUGGGCGCAAGUUUGCUCUCGUUUAUCAGGGUCUUGAACCAUGAGCUCAAGGGACCAGUCGCUGCAAUGAUUAAGAAGUACAUCAACAUAGAGUUCCCCUACCCCUUUACCUGGCUGGCAGGUUACCUUGCCAUUCUUGUUGGAGCCGUGUUGACCCUUAUUGUGCAGAGUAGUUCUGUGUUCACCAGUAUAAUCGCUCCUCUGUAUGGCAUUGGUAUGAUCAACCUCCAGAGAGCUUAUGCUUUAACCUUGGGUUCCAACAUUGGCACCACUUCCACAGCCAUCUUGGUUGCAUUAGCUAGCCCUCGAAAUACUUUGCAAGAUUCACUCCAGAUUGCCCUGUGCCAUUUCUUCUUCAACAUUGUCGGGGUCAUUCUGUGGUACCCAAUCCCAUUCAUGCGACUGCCUAUCCAUUUUGCCAAGAAGUUAGGGGAAACCACAGCCACUUACCGUUGGUUUUCCAUUGUCUACCUGGUCAUCGGUUUUUUCCUGGGCCCAUUGAUGGUGUUUUGCUUUUCCAUUGUUAGUAGGACUGUGUUGAUAUAUGCAGGGCUACCCCUAUUUUUUCUGCCCUUCGUGAUAGUAUACCUGCAUGCCUUUAACAUAUUUCACCUGUUUCCCUUGUGGAUGUCAUCCCUGAAACCCUGGGAUGAUCUGAUAACUAGCAUCAUGGUCCGAUGCCAGUGGUGUGGUCAAACUAUAUCACAGAAAUGCAAAAACUCCAAGCUAAAUAAGUUUAUUUCCAGAAGGCUACGCCCACAAUCAAACGAGACCACAGACCAGAUCAAAACCACAGACCCUGAGCCAUAGGAGAUACCUUUUUUAUGCCAAGAAAUCUGAUGACACAGUGACAGAAAAUACAAUCAACAAAUGAGCAGUACUUAAUUAAUGAUGCAAGUGCUGAUUAAGCUAGAAAAUGUAAAAAAAAAUCACUAUGGAUGGUAAUAUGUUUAUUUUUAUUAGCUGACCUUUCUAAGGCCUCUACAAUAAGAGGUUGGAGGCUAGUUGUUUUCCUGCUGACAAUUAUGAAAUACUAGCAGUCAACAGUUGAGUGCCUGUCUCACUAUCUUGUUAUACAAAAAAAGGGGUGUGGUGGGAUAUGUGGAACCUCUUGGGUUAUUGGCUUAAGGUCAAGAUGUAAACACGAUUGGAUACCACCCUAAACUGUAUUUUUCCUAGCUAAUUCAUAUGAAACAAUCUAUGUUAUUUGACUAUUAACUCCAAAAUGAAUGAUUGUGGUACGAAAAUAAUCAUAAAGGCUAAUACUAUUAUAAUCAAAAAAGGGGGUAAAGGGUUUCACACUCACAGCAGUAAAACCAUUGCUCAUA